AUGGAGCGAGUUGCUGAAGAACAUCGACGACAAAUUAAGGAAAACUAUCCUCACAGUACUUCGAAACUCUGGUAUCAAUUAUACGUAUUGAAAGAUCGACAAUAUACACAGAAAUUAAUCAAACGCGCAGAGAAAAAUGGAUAUUCAGCUAUACUUCUGACAGUUGAUACAAGUGUACCGGGUAACAGAGAAUGUGAUGUUCAUAACAAUUUCACACUUCCCGAUGGAAUUCGGGCUGAAAAUCUUAUUGAUAAAGACAAUAACUAUGUUUCAAAAAGUUAUCAUAUACCAUUUGAUCCAUCAUUGUCAUGGAAAGAUCUUGAUUGGAUACGAUCUAUCACAUCAUUGCCACUGAUUAUCAAAGGUAUUAUUCAUCCUGACGAUGCUCGUCAAGCUGUUAGACAUGGUGUACAAGGUGUGGUUGUAUCGAAUCAUGGUGGACGACAAUUAGAUACAUGUCUUAGCACAAUUGAUGCAUUGCCAGAUGUUAUCAAAGCUGUUAGUAAUGAAAAUCGACAGAUCGAUGUCUUUGUUGAUGGAGGAGUGCGACGAGGAACAGAUAUUUUAAAAGCUAUAGCAUUAGGUGCAAAAGCCGUACUUAUUGGACGACCAGUUCUAUGGGGUUUAGCAGUAGAUGGAACACAAGGUGUAUAUAAUAUAUUAGAAAUAUUGAAGAAAGAAUUUCGAUUGGCGAUGAUGUUGUGUGGAUGUCAAACGAUCGAUGAUAUCAGAAAAAACGAUCUUGUAGUUACGAAUGUUGCUUAUAAUCCUUCCAAAUUGUAA